AUGUAUCUUGAAGCGGGUGCCGUGCCAUCUCUUCUGCAGCAAUUUACACUGACAUUUCAUCUCAAUCCACAGGAACAGGGACUAUUGGGUGCUGUAGUAUACAUAGCUAUCUCACUAGCUUCUCCCUGGUGUAGCACGCUCUUCCGUCGCUUCGACCCUCGUCAGCUGCUCGGCAUUUCACUUGUGGUUAAUAACUUGGCAGUACUGGGUCUUGCAUGUACUCCCACAACGACCUGGUAUGCUAAAUUGCUUCUUAUCUCGUUGCGUGGACUGGUAGGCUUGACCCAAGCCUUUAGCUGUGUUUAUUCGCCGCUAUGGGUCCACGACUAUGCGCCGAAGACCAAACGCGGCUCCUGGAUGAGUUACUUGCAAGGCGCAGUGCCCGUUGGCAUCACAUUAGGCUACUUUGCGGGAUCAGUCACCAUUUGGUUGGCAUCAUUGGAGCCAGAGGCGGCUACGGUGGCAUUACACAGCGUCGUCCCCACGUUGUCCAAGUCAGCGCUGGGGGUCAAUGCAUACAACAAUCUUGUUGACGGUAUUGAUGACGCAUCCAUGAGGCUAUGUCACGGUAUCUACUGUUGGCGCUGGCCAUUCCUGAUCCAAUUUGGGCUAAUUUUUCCCCUGUCGAUCCUGAUAUUUUUUGUACCUCGUGAGCAUAUCCAGCUCCGCUCGACCCGUCGCCGCUCCAUCGUCAUUGUGGAUGCAGAUGAGGACGACGAUAGAAAUGGAGAGCAGAAUACGUCUACCUCUUAUGAUGAGGCUGAACAUAUGCUAGUGAGUCGCCAUAAGCAUAGCAACGUGUCCGAUGGCUGCAGCUUGCGAUUAUUGGAAUCUCACAAGCAGGAAGAAAACGCAUCGAGAUGGAGUAAUUUGAGGCUGUUGUUGCAGUACAAAGUCUAUGUGUUUGUCGUGAUGGGCCUGUCAGGUUUAUUUUUCGUAGUCGCGGGCAUUCAGUUCUGGACGACACUGUACUUGGAAACCAAUACGCAAGACUCGAUGUACGAGAUUCACGUGGCCUAUCUACUGGUUAGCGGCACAGGUCCCAUCAUGGGUGUAUUCUUUGGCGGUUGGCUCAUCGAUCAGUUUGGUGGAUACUCAGGUCCAUACCAUCAAAUGCAAGCACUGCGUGUUUGCGUGUUGCUCGGAGGAGCCGGCUGCCUUGCGGCUCUGCCCGUGUCAUAUGUGCACAACACCUUUCACAUCGCUAUAUUUCUCUGGCUAAUGCUGUUCUGCGGAGGUAGCAUCCUUCCGGCCUGCUCGGGCAUCGUCAUCUCUGCAUCUCCACCACGAUUGCGCCCACUUGCCUCUUCCGUUGCGUACGCUAGCUAUAACCUUUUCGGGUACGCAGCAUCGAACUAUGUCCCUGGUUUGAUCAUGAAUUUCAUCAUCAAUACAAAGACAGACGUCGAUACAGACAUUGGUGGUCUCGUACGUGUUAGAUCAUGCAACGCUGCCUGUACCUACCGUGUUGGAUUCCGUAUUGUCUUACUGUGGAGUGUCUGGGCUUUAUUCUGCCUAAUUUGCGGCGCAAUUGAGUCGGGCAGGAGCUAUGCAGCGUUUGUCAAGACGCAUCGUCAUGGCAAAGAAAAGCAGCGUAUAUCAUCGCAUCAACCGGUGUUCAAAAGCGUAGUGUAG